CUCCCUCCAUGCCGCACGCCUUCCCCUAUAAGAAGCCGCCGUUGGCUUCGCUCGCUUCUUAUCGACUUCUGUCUGGUUUCUUCCUCUGCUUCCGUCCUCGAUCGAUGGAGAAGCUGCUGAAGAACGAGGCCAACCACGUCGCUCUCACGCCCAUUAACUUCCUGCCGAGGGCUGCCGCCGUUUACUCCGACCGGUUGUCGGUUGUUUAUGGCCGCACCCACUUCACUUGGAGGCAGACCUACCAGCGCUGCUGCCGCCUGGCCGCCUUCCUGCAGUCGUUGGGCGUCUCCAAGAACGACGUGGUGUCGGUGCUGGCGCCGAACGUGCCGGCGGUGUACGAGAUGCACUUCGGGGUGCCCAUGGCCGGCGCCGUGCUCAACACCAUCAACACCCGGCUGGACGCCGGGAACGUGGCCAGUAUCUUGAAGCACUCCGAGGCGAAGAUUCUGUUCGUGGAUUGCCACUGCGUCCAACUCGCCGCCGAGGCACUCAAUCGACUCAUCUGCGAAGGCAAGCCGCUGCCGCUCGUCGCGGUUAUCGAUGAUUUGGAGGCUCCGACGGGCGCGCGGCUCGGGGAGCUGGAGUACGAGGGGAUGGUGGCGGCUGGAGAUCCCGCGGCGUUCCCGCCGGUGGAGGUGAGGGAUGAGUGGGAUGCGGUGGCGCUGAAUUAUACUUCCGGGACGACGUCGGCGCCGAAGGGGGUGGUGUACAGCCACCGGGGAGCGUACCUGAGCACGCUCAGCUUGCUGCUGCAAUGGGAGGUGGGGAGCGAGCCGGUGUAUCUUUGGUCGCUGCCGAUGUUCCACUGCAACGGGUGGACCUUCACCUGGGGCAUGGCCGCGCGCGGCGGCACCAACGUGUGCAUCCGGUCGCCCACCGCCGGCGAUAUGUACGGCGCCAUCGCCGACCACCGGGUGACACACAUGUGCUGCGCCCCCACCGUGUUCAGCAUUCUGCUCGAGGCGGGCCCCGGAGAACGGAGGCCGCUGCCGGGCCCAGUGGAGGUGCUGACGGGCGGCGCGCCUCCGCCGGCGGCACUUAUGGAGAGGAUCCAAGGGCUGGGAUUCCGGGUCACCCAUGCGUACGGGAUGACGGAGGCGACGGGGCCGGCGCUGGUGUGCGAGUGGCGGCGGGAGUGGGACCGGCGGCCGCCGGAGGAGCAGGCGGCCCUGAAGGCACGGCAGGGGAUCAGCGUGCUGACGCUGGCGGAUGUGGACGUGAAGGACGAGGAGACGAUGGCGAGCGUGGCGCGCGACGGGAUUACGCAGGGCCAGAUCGUGCUCCGGGGGAGCAGCGUGAUGAAGGGCUACUUCAAGAACCCCGACGAGACGGCGGCGGCAUUCCGGGAGGGGUUGUUCUGGACAGGGGACGUGGCCGUGGUCCACCCGGACGGGUACGUGGAGAUCAAGGACCGUGCGAAGGACAUCAUCAUCUCCGGCGGAGAGAACAUCAGCAGCGUGGAGGUCGAAACGGUGCUGUACCGUCACCCCAAGGUAGCGGAGGCGGCGGUGGUGGCGAUGCCGCACCCGCACUGGGGCGAGACGCCCUGCGCCUUCGUAAAACCGAGAAAAGCCGACGACGACGGCGGCCCAGUGACCGAGGAGGACAUCAUCGCUCACUGCCGCGGCAGCAUGCCGCGGUUCAUGGUGCCGAAGCGGGUGGUGUUCAUGGAGGAGCUGCCGAAGACAUCCACGGGAAAGAUCCAGAAGUUCCUGCUGAGGUCUAUGGCGCGCGGGCUGAGGUCGGCGGAACGCGGGCCGCGACCGCAGGGGGGAGCCGCUGCGCCGGUCUGCAAGGUGGCAGAGGUGGGACGCCACACAGACGACAGCCGAGCCCACGUCAACGAGCAGGUGGUCAUGGCCAUGUCCCGGCUUUGAUAAAUUAAAUAAUAAUUAUAUUUUAUAAAAACAAUAUAUCUUUAAUUUUUGUAUUUGAUAAUUAAAAGCCUGUUUGUUUUUGUAAUAACGACCAUCAUAACAUGCAUAAGAGCCUGUU